UUAUAUACCUGUUUGCCUAGUCUGACAUUAGUUUGCUUGGGUAGGAUUUACAUUUACCUCUCAAAGUUUGGUUUUCAUUCAUCAUUAAUUAGUGAGUUAUGUUGAAUAACCAUUUUGCACAAAAAGUUUGCAAAUUUAUUCCAAUAAUAUUUACUUUUUUUCAGUGGUCUUUUUUUAGCAUUAUGUUAAAAGUUACUGAAUGUUUGUAGCUGUAGACUAGCAUGUCAUAUGUCAUACUUUGGUGUUUAUGCAGUUCUAUGCUGUAGACUGCUAGUAUGUAAUACUCACACACACAGCUACCACUCCGAUAGCUCAAUCGGCUAGAGUGCCGCGUUACAAGGCUUAACGGCCUAACAGGCGGCGGCUUGAGCCCCGCUCUUGCCGGAUUAUUCCGUUGACUAGGAGUGGUUACUGUCCCCCAUUGAGCAAGGGGGAUGGGGUGUGUGGUGUGUGAGGUCCUGGCAAUACCCAGAAAUCAACCAAAAUUAGCACUUGCUCACGUCGUGAGGGUACCUGCUGGUGAAAGCGAGUCCAACUCGUGAUCAGGCUGUGGUGAAUAACACACACACACACACACACACACACACACACACACACACACACACACACACACACACCUCCAAGGAACACUAGAUAUUUGUGUCAUUUGUAUGAAGAUUUGAAAGUAGUUGGUAUUUUCAAAUUUGGUAUAUAGUAAUUUCAAGUUAGCCUACCUUUUCUUAUGCAUUAUUAAAACAAAAGCCAUGGUCCUACUCACUACAUGAAGUAUGUAAUUUUGUUUGUCUUGCCAAUUUGUCAACUUUAGGAAAUACAAAUGAAAACUUUUCAGGCUGAUUUGCUAUACAAUUAUAUCAUCUCAUUGUUAUAUUUCCUUUUCCACAUAUGAUUAGUAGCAUUUUAUUUUAUAUAUAUGAGAAGGUACCUCAGUUCAGACUUACUGUCUACUUAGAAUGUACCUGAUGAUUGCCUGCUUUAGUAAUGAGAAUGGACAGUGGACUGUUUCAUAUGUCCAUUCACUUCACUGCUAUGGCUUGCUGGAUCAUCUGACUUGUACCUUGUAAUCAGACAUUUCUCACACAUUCACAUUCCCCUUACAGUCCUCCACAAUUUACAUCUUAUCUAAGCUUACACCAUUGAUAAGAUAAAAAGUUACCUGCAAUGUAGGUAAAGGAGCAAAGACCUGUGUUGGAGGGGCAGUGACAAUGGCAAAACAAUCAUGUUUUCAUUUUUGGAAAAGCAGAAAUUUUAGCAUUAAAAGGGUGAAGUUUGGUGUCCCGCUGGAGCAGGUGUGCAAAAAUGACAUCCCUGGGCCUCUGCUGGUGCUCAUCCUGAAGCUGAACAAAGAGGGGCCCACCAAGAAGGACGUCUUUCGUGCCCCGGGCCAUCAGGGAUCCAUGAAAAAGCUUAUACACUUCUUGCAGAAUGGACGGCUUGUUAAUAUUGACAACUUCUCGGUGUAUACAAUUGCAUCCGUCCUUAAAAAAUUUCUCCGAAAGCUGCCUGAGGGUAUUUUUGGCCGUGAUGGGGAGCAACAGCUGUUUUCCAUCAUUCAGUAUCAGGACACUGAGCUGCAGCGGGACCACAUCCAUCGACUCAUCACCUCGCUGCCCUCUGUUACACAACACCUUCUGGUCCUCCUCUUUGGCACAUUUAGAGUAAUAGCCAUGAAUGCAAGUAGAGCACAGACAGGGAUGACUUCAGAGGCUCUGGGUGUGUCGGUUGCGCCCUCCUUCUUCCAGUCAUGUGUGGCAGAUGGAAAAACAGCACGCAUGGAAGAUGUCAUCCGCUUCAAGGUGGCCACUCAGAUCAUGCAGUUUCUGAUUGACAACUUUGGAGUGAGCAACCUGUUUGGAAGAGCCAACUAUGAGUACUACGCCAGAAUCACGGGACGUAUUUUGAAGGUUGAGGAAGACUGGAUUUUUGCCUUCAGAUAUCCACCCGAAAGUUUAGUGGCACGCCAACACUCUCUUGAAGCAGAAAAAACUUGGCUUCAGUAUGAAUCGGAGCGCUGGGGUCUCAAGUUCAACCUUGAAGCAAUGGCUGGCCAGGAGGAAUCUCAAUCCACUCCAGCAUUGAUCCACAUCCCUGAGAGCACCAGCAGCCUGACAUAUGUGGCUGGAGGAGUGAGUAGUGAAGCGGGUGCUGUGGGAGGGGUGGUGACGGGGGUACCUGAGAACACUCUCCAAGAGUCCUGCACACGCCUCUCCACUUCCCUUGAAGAAAAUGGCUUGUACAAGGGUAAUGGGCAGGACAGCAGCAGUGGCAGCUCCCACUCAGCACUCCGCAUGACACUGGAUGAGCUGCGACAGGUCAACCGCUAUGCUGAGAGUACCAAGAGUCUCUCCUACCUGCCUCAGGUGCACGAGAGACAGACUGAACGUAUGAGGACUCGGAGUGAGUGGUUUUUAUCCCAUUCCCCUCACGCCUCCCCACUCCCACCUGUUGAUGUGGAAUGCCAGCCUCAUGCCGUCUACAUCCUCCGCUCAGGAUCCAUCAACAG